UACGUGGGUUGCUUGUAAAAUUCUCCAGCUGUCGCGUUCACGAUGAUCGGAGAAUCGACGAAGUUAUUAAUCCCGAAAUGUUGAUGAAUCGCUUCAGGAAGACACCAAUUUUACAACAAUGCCGUAGGUUGGUGUCAACUGAUAAAUCGACUGUGGAUGCUCGAGAGGUCGAGAAAUUUCAGAAGUUAGGAUCACAAUGGUGGGAUUCGUCCAGCGAAAUGAAAAUCCUUCACAAUAUGAACAGGUUAAGAGUGCCAUUCGUGAGGGACGGUCUCAUAAACAUGAGGGUUACCAAAGAGGAGAAGAUAAACACUGAUAAACCUUUGGAAGGUUUGAAAAUCCUCGACGUCGGUUGCGGAGGUGAUUAAAUCACUUGAUA